UCUCUCUCUCAGAAUUUUGUGGUCUGCCGAGCUCUCUUCACUCUCAUCAAUGGCUACUCAAGGCCAGGUCAUCACUUGCAAAGCCGCCGUCGCGUGGGAGGCGAACAAGCCGCUGGUGGUAGAAGACGUGCAGGUGGCUCCUCCGCAGGCCGGGGAGGUCAGGGUCAAGGUCCUCUUCACCGCGCUCUGCCACACCGAUGCUUACACUUGGAGUGGCAAGGAUCCAGAGGGUCUGUUCCCUUGCAUUCUUGGCCAUGAAGCUGCAGGGAUUGUAGAGAGUGUCGGUGAAGGGGUUACUGAAGUCCAACCAGGAGAUCAUGUUAUCCCCUGCUAUCAGGCAGAAUGUCGAGAAUGUAAAUUCUGCAAGUCAGGGAAGACUAACCUCUGUGGCAAAGUUCGGGCAGCAACUGGUGUUGGAGUGAUGAUGAAUGACCGCAAGAGCCGUUUCUCUGUGAAUGGAAAGCCUAUCUACCAUUUCAUGGGAACUUCUACAUUCAGCCAGUACACUGUCGUUCAUGAUGUCAGUGUUGCUAAGAUUGAUCCCAAAGCUCCACUGGAGAAAGUUUGCCUUCUUGGCUGUGGUGUUCCCACAGGACUUGGAGCAGUAUGGAACACAGCAAAAGUAGAAUCAGGGUCUAUCGUCGCUGUCUUCGGCCUGGGAACAGUUGGCCUUGCUGUUGCUGAGGGUGCAAAAGCAGCUGGUGCUUCCCGUAUAAUUGGUAUAGACAUUGACAGCAAAAAGUUUGAUAGAGCAAAGACAUUUGGAGUGACUGAGUUUGUGAAUCCGAAGGAGCAUGACAAGCCAAUCCAACAGGUUCUUGUUGAUCUCACUGACGGUGGUGUUGACUACAGUUUCGAAUGCAUCGGGAAUGUCUCCGUAAUGAGGGCAGCUUUGGAAUGCUGUCAUAAGGGCUGGGGAACGUCAGUGAUUGUUGGUGUGGCGGCAUCAGGGCAGGAGAUCUGCACGCGUCCUUUCCAAUUGGUAACCGGUCGUGUUUGGAAAGGAACAGCUUUUGGUGGUUUCAAGAGCCGUUCGCAGGUGCCGUGGCUGGUCGACAAAUAUAUGAAAAAGGAAAUCAAGGUUGAUGAAUAUAUCACCCACAAUUUGUCUCUUGGGGAGAUCAACGAGGCUUUCCAUCUGCUGCAUGGAGGUGAUUGCCUCCGUUGUGUGCUUUCCAUGGAUUAGAGCUCUGGUUGACAGGCCAGUUCAUGGUGCAAUGCCUGAAGUCUAUGCUGCAUAUGUAACAAUCCCAGCUAUAGUGUCCACCGGUUAAAGUGCCACCCAAAUAAGAUGCAUAAUAGUCUGUCGUCUCUUUGCUGUUGGUGGUGGACAUUUUCUUUAAAUCUGCCUGUGUAUUCACCUGUAAAUUUUGGCACUUCAUCUGGCUUUUUUUUGGCUUUUGCGCUCUAGGAACAUUGAGCUCUGGUUGAAAAUGCUUAUCCAUAUUUCUCCA